UACACCAUGUUACGUAAAGACACUUUGCGCAGUGUUAGAAAAGUGUGGAGAGCAGCUGUCAUAUUUGCACUGUCAUGCAUAUUUGAAUGUAACACUGUGUAUGUGUUGUGUGUACAGAUGCGUUUAUGGACGCAAGCUCGUCAGAUGGGUUGGUAUGCAGGCCGUUGCAUGGCAGCACACAUCCUGUCAGAACCAGUGGAGCUGGACUUCUGCUUUGAACUCUUCUCACAUAUUACUAAAUUCUUCAACUACAAGGUGGUCCUACUGGGAAAGUUUAAUAGUCAAGGGCUUGGGCCAGACCAUGAGCUGCUGGUACGCUGCACUAAAGGCCAGGAGUAUGUCAAGGUUGUUCUCAGUGGAGGGAGGAUGGUGGGAGCAGUGCUUAUUGGAGAAACAGACCUGGAAGAAACAUUUGAAAACCUGAUACUCAACCAGAUGGAUCUGACGCCAUAUGGAGAAGAAUUGCUUAACCCUGACAUUGACAUAGAAGACUACUUCGACUGAGCUCUGCUGGAGAGUUUGAACAAUGGCAAUUAGCUGUGUGAAAGAAAGAUUAUGUUUGCAAUAGUAAAUGAAAUUAUUUAUUUUUGCUUUAAAUAAAAAAAAAUUCUAA